AUGGACGUACAACUGAUUUGCAAUUUAGAAAUGGACUAUUAUAUACUGUAUGUGGUGUACAGACGAGACUACAACAAACUAUUGGUGCGAACGAAGCCGUCCGACGAUAACCACUCAUUGAGUGACUCAACCGAUGGAUCAAAAGAGAGCGGCACUCAAAAAGACGAUUCAAUCAGUCUGGAAAAAUUAACCAAAAUAUUUGCCACUAAUUUUGGACUCAAUGAAAGUGAUGGCAAAGCAGUGACUAAUGUUGAGAAAGUGUUGGACGAGUUGAGUGUGGAUGGGAUCGUGCGGUACAUGAAUAGUGGCCAAUGCGAGCACAUUGUAGUGAUGGUCGGCGCCGGACUCUCAACCGCGGCCGGAAUUCCAGACUUUCGGAGCCCUGGAAGCGGUCUUUACGACAAUCUAUCGAAAUACAAGUUGCCGUCACCCGAAUGUAUGUUUGAUAUCAACUUCUUUCGGGAAAAUCCGGAGCCUUUCUUCGAUUUGGCGAAACAGUUAUUUCCGGGAAGUUUUAAUCCGACGACAAGUCAUCGAUUCCUUAAACUACUGAAUGACAAGAAUUUGUUGUUAAGACUCUACACACAGAACAUCGACACUCUUGAGCGGAUCGCUGGCAUUCCCGGCGAUAAGUUGGUCGAAGCUCACGGAACCUUUCAUACAUCACAUUGUAUUGAUUGCAAACAACAAUAUAGUCUCCAAUGGAUGAAAGACACAGUCAGUCCUAAGACUCCGCGACUACUAAUAAAUAAGACAAAAUGCGGUCAAAGUUCACAAUUAGCCAAACUUUUAGGGAUGGGAUCCGGUCUUGACUUUGACUCUGCGAACGCAUACCGCGAUGUUCUGCUUCUCGAAGACUGUGAUAAAGGCUGCGAACAAUUGGCAGAAGCUUUGGGUUGGGCUCAAGAACUCAAACAAAUGACUGCUCCCGAAGGCAGGAAAGAGUGGUUAUGA